AUGAACACAGGAUUUACAGAACGGGGACGGUCUGGCUAUAUAGGCAGUGAGAACCCCCUGCCGUCGCAUGUGCUGCAUGACACCACCCUGCGUGGUGAACAAAAAACCAAAAGUCACCCACGCUCUGUUUUCGUGUCGAUCCCUCUGGAUCCCCUGCGUCGGCGCAUGGGCUCCGGGCUGGCUCUCAUUGGCCCAUAA